UACCGCCACCGACCGCACGACGCUCACGCCGAAGCAAGUGAUAAUGACGGCCCCGUGUAUGCGCUCUCACAACUUCAUUCCUUGAGACGCGUCAUUAAAGGGAGAAAAGGACGACUGAUAUUCCACACUGAUGUUCGGUGAUAAUGACGAAAUAAACCGCUUCCUGUUCGCUCAACCCGCCACGAAACCGUCUCGCCGCACCGGUUAAAAAGAGAAAAAAGUCGAGACGCCGCCCCCCCCACCCUGCCGUUCCAAGCCAGCCGUCCAGAAAAAGACCCUUCCCCCCCCCCCUCAUUUCGCUUUAACAAAUGCCCAAAAACAGCAAAGCCGUCAAGAGAGAGCUUGACGACGAUGUCACGGAGUCUGCCAAGGACCUGCUUUCCCACGAGGACGCCUGCGACGACUUCAAGAAGAGCUCGCUGAUCGUCAGCGGCCAUGACGGCGGAGGGAAAGGGUGCGACGUGGAGGAAGGGGGCUCGGACCCCGAUGAGGAGGAGGAUGAUGGGCGCCCGGCCUGGAACAGCAAGCUGCAGUACAUCCUGGCUCAGGUGGGCUUCUCCGUGGGCCUGGGCAACGUCUGGAGGUUCCCCUACCUGUGCCAGAAGAACGGAGGGGGUGCGUACCUGGUGCCCUACCUCAUCCUGCUGAUCCUCAUCGGCAUCCCGCUGUUCUUCCUGGAGCUCGCCGUGGGGCAGCGGAUCCGCAGGGGCAGCAUCGGGGUGUGGAACUACAUCAGCCCUCGGCUGGGGGGCAUCGGCUUCGCCAGCUGCAUGGUGUGCUUCUUCGUCGCCCUCUACUACAACGUCAUCAUCGGCUGGAGUCUCUUCUACUUCUCCCAGUCCUUCCAGCAGCCUCUGCCGUGGCACGAGUGUCCGCUCAUCAAGAACGACACCAGCACAUAUGUGGUACCGGAGUGCGACAAGAGCUCGGCCACCACCUACUACUGGUACCGCGAGGCCCUGAACAUCUCCGACAGCAUCUCCGAGGGCGGAGGCCUCAACUGGAAGAUGACCGUGUGCCUGCUGGUUGCCUGGUCCAUGGUGUGCCUCGCCAUGAUCAAGGGAAUCCAGUCCUCUGGGAAGGUGAUGUACUUCAGCUCCCUGUUCCCCUACGUGGUGCUGAUCUGCUUCCUGGUCCGCGCUCUGCUGCUCAAAGGCUCCGUGGACGGGAUCCGACACAUGUUCACGCCCAAGCUGGAGAUCAUGCUGGAGGCCAAGGUGUGGCGCGAGGCGGCCACGCAGGUGUUCUUCGCUCUGGGCCUGGGCUUCGGCGGCGUCAUCGCCUUCUCUAGCUACAACAAACGCGACAACAACUGCCACUUCGACGCCGUGCUGGUGUCCUUCAUCAACUUCUUCACCUCCAUCCUCGCCACGCUGGUGGUGUUCGCCGUGCUGGGCUUCAAGGCCAACAUCAUGAGCGCCAAGUGUGUCGCGCUAAACUCCAACAGGAUCGUGACGUUGCUAGGCAACGGCAUUGAGAGGAGUCUGAUCCCCGCCCACGUCAACCUCACCAACGUGAGCCAGGUCAGUACCGAGGACUACCACCAGAUGGUCCAGGCCAUCGAGCUGGGGACCGGGGACCAGUACCAGAACCUCCGGCUGGAGUCCUGCAGCAUCGAGGACGAGCUCAACAAGACGGUCCAGGGCACAGGCUUGGCCUUCAUCGCCUUCACGGAGGCCAUGACUCACUUCCCGGCGUCGCCCUUCUGGUCCGUGAUGUUCUUCCUGAUGCUGGUGAACCUGGGCCUGGGCAGCAUGUUCGGCACCAUCGAGGGCAUCCUCACGCCGCUCAUCGACACCUUCAAGGUCCGCAAGGAGCUCCUCACAGUGGGCUGCUGUGCGUUGGCCUUCUCCAUCGGCCUGCUGUUCGUCCAGCGCUCGGGGAACUACUUCGUGGCGAUGUUCGACGACUACUCGGCGACGCUGCCGCUGCUCAUCGUGGUCGUGCUGGAGAACGUGGCGGUGGCCUGGGUCUACGGCAUCGACAAGUUCUUUGAGGACCUGACGGACAUGCUGGGCUUCACGCCGUACCGGUUCUACUACUACAUGUGGAAGUACGUCACGCCGACGCUGCUGCUGCUGCUGCUGGGCGCCAGCUUCAUCCAGCUGGCCAUGGUGCCGCCCAGCUACAGCGCCUGGAUACAGGAGGAGGCCAAGGAGCGGGUGCUGCCCUUCCCCCCGUGGGGCAUGGCGCUCUGCAUCUCCCUGGUGGUGGUGGCCGUGCUCCCCGUGCCCGUCGUCUUCCUGCUGCGCUACUUCAACGUCAUCGACGACGGCGCCGCCGGCGGCCUCUCCGCCGUCGCCUACAAGAAGGGCCGCAUCAUCCAGGAGGCGGCGCGGCCGGUCGGCGAGGAGGACGACGACACCAGCCUGAUCCGGGCCAAGGCGCCCAGCGAGGCGCCGUCGCCCGGCAACAACAUCUACCGCAAGCCGGGCGGCGGCGGCCCCGAAGCCGACACCGCACCCAACGGCCGCUACGGCAUCGGGUACCUGAUGACCGACAUGCCGGACAUGCCCGAGUCGGACUUAUAGACUCCUCCCCCUCCUCCUCGCCCCGCCCCUCCGCGUGCGUUUAGUGUCAUUCGUGUAUAUUCCACUCCUGUAUAUUCUCUGUAGAUAUCGUAGCUGCUUUUCUUAUUUGUCGUCUCUGAACCUGAUGUAACUGUAAAGUAAACACACACAAUAAAAUAAAAGAGGAGUGAACUCCCCCCCCUCCCCCCCUCGCUCUGGCUCCUCCUCCUCCAAAAGGAGCAGCGCUCAGUCAAAGGUCAAGAGGUCAAGUUUGGGGCUCGUAUCCGUGAGCCCUCUUUGAGUCCUGCUGUAAAAAUAUGGUUGUGUACAUUAUGCCCCCCUUUGCCCCGCCCCCUUUUUUUAACUGCUGGCCAAUGAGAUGAGGAGUAGCAUUCAGACGGCCAUUUAAAAAAAAAAAAAUGUUGUCCUCUGAAAAUUUCCGGUCCGACUCGUUGGAACUCCCACGAUUGUUUUGUUUGAGACAAAGCGUGCCUAAGUCAUUUAUAUUUGUUUAUAGAAUACGUGACGGACGUUGUAUAUUUAAAAAAAGAAGGUAUUCUGUAAAUAUAAUAUAAAUAUUAUAAAUAUACAGGACUGUCUCAGAAAAUUAGAAUAUUGUGAUAAAGUUCUUUAUUUUCUGUAAUGCAAUUAAAAAAACAAAAAUGUCAUGCAUUCUGGAUUCAUUACAAAUCAACUGAAAUAUUGCAAGCCUUUUAUUCUUUUAAUAUUGCUGAUUAUGGCUUACAGCUUAAGAAAACUCAAAUAUCCUAUCUCUAAAUAUUAGAAUAUCAUGAAAAAGUAUACUAGUAGGGUAUUAAACAAAUCACUUGAAUCGUCUAAUUAACUCGAAACACAUUUUCAAAUGUUUGAUUUUGUUUUGCUGUUAUAAAUCUUUUUUUAAACUUGGUCUGAGGAAAUAUUCAAAUUUUAUGAGAUAGGAUUUUAGAGUUUUCUUAAGCUGUAAGCCAUAAUCAGCAAUAUUAAAAGAAUAAAAGGCUUGCAAUAUUUCAGUUGAUUUGUAAUGAAUCCAGAAUGCAUGACAUUUUUGUUUUUUUAAUUGCAUUACAGAAAAUAAAGAACUUUAUCACAAUAUUCUAAUUUUCUGAGACAGUCCUGUAUUUAUCUCUAAGUUUGGAUAUAACGCCCAGUGUGUGUUCAAGGUUCAGAAGCACUUCAAGCCCUUAACUCCUCGUGUCUUUGUUUUUUACUCAUGUGUCGAUGUCCGUGAGGACCGAGUCCUCCUUGUACAGAACUGUAUUUUGUUUUUCAUGAAAUGGCUUCAAAAUGCAAAAUGUCUUUUUCUUUGUUUCUUUUUUCUUCCCACGUCAAAAAUUAAAGAUCGAAUUUGAUCCACA